GAGAAUCAUUCGAGCUCCGACACCCCGAGAGAGAGAGAGAGCAUCCCCAAGCAGCGUGAAAUCAUGUCUCCCAACAUUGCAUCUGAAAAUGCCGAGUACUCUCCAAGAAUGACCGUUGCAAAAAGAAAAGAAGCGACUGAACUGAGAAAGACUCUCAAACCUUUGAUGGAGAAACGCAGACGCGCCCGCAUCAACGAGAGUCUCAACCAGUUGAAAACUCUGAUUCUCCCACUGAUCGGAAAAGAUAAUUCCCGAUAUUCCAAACUGGAAAAGGCUGACAUUUUGGAAAUGACAGUUCGGUUCCUGAAAGAUGUACCCAGCACCCCUGUUCAGAGUGCAUCUGAUAGCUUCAGAGAAGGAUACAAAGCCUGUCUUCAACACGUCUCCAGUAUAUUGCCCAACACCAAUCUGCUGGACAAAGAAACGUCCCAGCGCGUAAACGAAUACAUCCAGAGUUCUAUGGCAUCGCCUGCAAACCCUCCGAGCUGCCAGAACUGCGAUGGGCAAAGCCCCCGCUCCAGACCUCAGAGAAGUGAAAGCGUGGUGUGCCUGAACCCAACCGCAAGAGGAUCGAGGACCGAGCCCUCUUCAGACCUCAACGGUCACCGCAUCAACCGAGUCCAGCCCGUCCCACAGCUCCACAGCGUCCGUAUGUGGAGGCCUUGGUAGAAAACAAAAAGGACUGAACAUUUGUAAAAUAUUUAUAUAUGUAAAAAAAAAAAAAAAAAAAAAACUAACAAAAAAAUUUGUAAAUAAGAAUCGCGCCGUGGAGAUUAACUGUUUUAAAAAAAAAUAUUAUUAAUGUUUUAAAAUGCUGUUCUGAAGUCGAGUUCUGGUUUCAGUUGUAUGUGUGCUGGCUAUUGUAACUUUUUUGACCGUUGGAAAUGUAAAAUUCGUGGUCAAAAUUCAAACCGAGUAUGCUGGAAGAAAGGUUUGAUGGAUUCGUAUAUUCUGUGAAUUUGUAAUAUUUAGUCCUCUGGGGUUAAAUGAAUGUGGUUUUGUGUGAAAACACGCCCUUGUAAAACCCAAAGGGUUAUUUGACGUAUGUGUGACUUGCACAGUUGUCUUGAAAUGAGCUGGGUCUGUUCAAACUAAAGCAAUAAUAUAACAAGGCACUUUUGUAAAUUGUACCUGCGCUGUAUCGUUUUUUAUUCAAAGGGAAUUUUUUUCAUGAGAAUCCAAAGCUUGAAAUAAUAUGGAUGUAAAAUCUCAAACGUGUGGAAAUAAUAUUCAUAAUAAUAAAUUAAAUCGUUUAUAUAUAAAAAAA